AGCAUGAUCAAUUUCAUUCUUAUGGUUAAUAAGCAAGGAUAAACUAGACUAGCCCAAUAUUUUUAAUUUCUGAGUGUUAAAGAAAGAAUGACACUUGAAGGAGAAUUAAUUAGAAAAUGCCUUUCUAGAAGUGAAACACAAUGUAGUUUUCUUGAACAUAGAGGAUACAAGGUUAAUUAUUUAUUUCAUUCUAUAGAUUAUUUACAGAAGAUACGCAUCUCUUUAUUUUAUAAUUGGAAUGGAUCUAGAAGAAGAAGUAAUUCUAUAUCUCUAUUUUUAAGAAUGAGAUGGCAUAUUUAGAAUUUAUUCAUAAUUUAGUAGAAACCUUAGACAAGUAUUUUGAAAAUGUUUGCGAAUUAGAUGUAUUCUCUAUAUAUUAAUAUAUUUAGAUAAUGUUUAACAUAGAAAAAGCUCACUACAUUUUGGAAGAAAUGGUUAUGAAUGGUCAAAUUGUGGAAACUAAUAAGACAUAAAUUUUAGGUAAUCUUCAAUCUUUAUACAAACCCAAGCUCCAAUCCAUGUUUUAGACAAAGCCAAAGAUGAAUGAUGAUUUAGUUUGGUUUUUUUCGUUAUUGAUUUUAUCAGAAG